AUUUAACGCCGCUGACGUGGGUGAAAUUGGCGGGAUUCUAACGCUAGAAUCCCUGAUAAUAUCGAUAAACCCAUAAUUCUCUCUAUUCUUACACACGAAACCCUCUCUUCUGUCUUGGGGUUCAGAGACGUUUCAUCUUAGAGUUGGUUGUGACAGAGCCUUGCAUGUCUAUUUGCCGUGUGUUUCUCGCAUUAGUGAACGGCGCAUCAACUACACCCUUUAUUUUCGUCUUCGAGCAACGAUUUUAAGGUAUGUUAAUCCAAGAUUUGUAGUAAUGCUCCUCUAGUGCAGUGCAAGGUCUCAUCUUUCUUUGAUAAUGGUAGAUCGUGAAAAAUCACAGUCGAUUUAACUAUUUUAGGGUUCGGUAUUAUGGGAUUGAGGGGUUGCUUCUAUGGGGUUUAGGAAUAUGAGUUACAUUAUUUUGACUUGUGAUUUGUGAUGUUACAUGCAAUUACUAUUGUGAAGAUGAAGCCCGCACCUAGAUUGUCAAGGACUCGGGUUAACUACAAAGAGGGGAGGGGUGGGAAUAAGAAAUCUCAAAAGACAGUGAUUGAAAUUGACAGUGGUGGUGAAGAUGCUGGGAAUUCUAAAGUGCCUGUUCAGGGUGUUGAGGAAUCUUUUGAUGAUGUCGAUGAUGACGUACUGGAUGCAUACAUGACUAGUUUGGAACAAACUGACGUGGGUGGGGCUGGCACUUCUGAUGGUGAUGGACUAGAUGGCAAUGUAGAUGUUGAUGAGAGUGAUGCUACAGGGAGUGAUGAAGGUGUUGAUGCAAAUGGUGAUAUAGGUACUGAAGCAGGUAAUGAUGAUGAAGGUGAUGAUGCAGGUGAUCAUGCGAUGGAUGAAGAUGUGGGUGCAGAAGAAGAUAGUGACAGUGAUGAUCCUGAUUUCAAAGUGGUAUAUAAGUCCGAUAAUGAAGAUAUAUUGUUGUAUGAGGAGGAUAGUGAUGAUGAAGUAAGGAAGCGUAAUGUACUUAAUCCUAAGUAUGAUCCUAAAGUGUCUGUUGAGAAAUAUGUGUUUCAGCUUGGGAUGGAAUUUGCAAAUCUGAAGGAUUUUAAACAUGCAGUAAGGAGUUAUUCAGUAGAUGGUGGUUAUCCUAUUCAAUUUGUGGUUAAUGAGAAAGAAAGGUGUCAAGCAAAGUGCUCUGGUGGAUGCCCCUCGAAAAUUGGGUGCUCCAAAAUCAAAGGGGAAAGCACUUUCCAGGUUAAAACUUAUGUACAGAAGCAUAGGUGUAACCGUAGUUUACCAAACAAACAAGCCAAUACUUCUUGGCUUGCUGUGAGGUUACUCAACAAAAUCAGGAAUGAUCCUAAGGUGAGUGUCGGUAAGUUAGUUGUUUAUGUCAAACAGAACAUGUUAUUAUCUAUAUCCAAAAUACAUGCAUUCAGAUCUAAGAAGAAGGCUUUAGAGAUAAUUGAUGGUAAGCAUAAAGAACAAUAUGGGAAAUUGAUGAGCUAUUUGGCUGAGGUUAUGAGGACCAACCCAGGUAGCACCUGUAACAUUACAGUGGACAGAGUUAAUCCUGAAGAACCUGUAGUAUUCAAGCGAGUUUACAUGUGUCUGGCUGCUUUAAGAGAUGGAUUCUUGGCAGGUUGUAGGCCUUUAAUAGGACUUGAUGGUUGCUUCUAGAAGACUACUUAUGGAGGACAGCUUCUUAUUGCAGUUUCACAAGAUGGCAAUAAUGGUAUAUUCCCAAUAGCAUGGGUUGUUGUUGAGAGAAAGAAUGGAGACUCUUGGGAUUGGUUUAUUAGGAAGCUCCUGCUUGAUAUUGGUGGGUUUCAGUCCAAGAGAUGGUGCUUCAUCUCAGACAGACAGAAGGGAUUGGUCCAAGCCAUUGAAGGAUUGUCAAGGGAAAGCCAACAAACAAUUGAGCAUAGGUUCUGUGUUUGGCACAUAUAUGCCAACUUCAGCAAACAAUGGCCAGGAGCUCAGUACAGAGUACUAGUAGACGAUUGUGCAAAGUCGACAACCAUUACGCAAUUCAAUGAUAACAUGAUGAAAGUGAAAGAACUAGAUGAAGCUGCAUGGAAAUAUCUGAAUGACAUAGAGCCUUGUUUGUGGACUAGAGCAGCCUUCUCUACAUUCAGCAAGAAUGCAUCUAUUGUCAAUAACAUGUCAGAGAGCUUCAAUGGGAAGAUUUUGCCAUUUAGGGACAGACCAAUAAUUACAAUGCUGGAAGAGUUAAGAGGGGAGGCAAUGGAAAGACAUGUUCAACUCAGAUUACAAAUGGCACAGAAGUAUGGCGAGUUGGUUCCUCUUGUGUGUAGUCAAUUGGACCAGGAGUUCCACAAAAGUAGGAAAUGGACAGCAAAGUGGAUUGGGGAUUGACAGAAAUCAAUGUUUCAAGUUAGCUCAUAUAUAGUGCAUCAUAUUGUCUUCGUCGAUUCAUUAACAUUGUAGCAUAGUGCUUUAAUUUUAUGUGCAGGUUACAAAGAAGCCACGUCAAUAUAUGGUAAAUGUUGAUGCAAGAUCAUACACUUGUAGGGGGUGGGAUCUAACUGGGAUCCCAUGCACACACGCUGUUGCUGCACUAGGGUGGCUGCACAAGGAUCCAACACACUAUGUACAUGAAUCAUAUACGAGGGAAUCAUAUAUGAAGGUAUAUCAGCAUGAUGUUGGGCCAACAAAUGGUGAGGAUAUGUGGGCUCCUGUUGGAGGAGAGACUAUUGUUCCUCCUCCUUUGAAGGGUGUAGUUGGUAGACCAACAAAGAAAAGGAGAAGAGAGCAUGAUGAGCCAGCUUCUAAAAGCAGACUGAGAAGGAGGUACCCAAAAAUCAAAUGCGGAAGAUGUGGCGAAGAAUGACACAACAGGAGAAGAUGUACUAAUCCACCAAUGUAAUAGGAGGCUUCAAUUAAUGCUGUUGGACGAGGUGGUAGGGGAGGUGGGAUGAGAGGUGGCAAGGGAGUUGGCAUGAGAGGUGCAAGAAUAGGUGGCAGAGGUAUUGGAGCUGGAAAAGGCAGAGGAAGUGGAUGAAGAGGUGGCAGAGGAAAUGGAGCAGGAAGUGGCAUAUGUAUUGGAGCUGGAAGUGGCACAGCUAUUAGACCCUUAGCUCUUGCUAGUAUUGGUGCAGGUACUAUAACUACAUUCAAUGUGAGAGCAUCCUCUACCUCUAUGUGCACUAGUAUAUCAUCAAGCAUCAGUCCAGGUAAAAGAACAAAGGCUAUGGCAAGGAGGAUGCCAGACAUACAUUCAACAAUUCAGGGUGCAACCUUAAGUUCUAGGUACACUAUGAUGCUGAAUGCGACCCAAAAGUCUGCUAACAUUGGAAGGAAAAGUGCUUAGGAUUUGUUCCAAAGGGUUUUCUUUUAUGUUUUGCUUCUGUUUGAAUAUGUCUAGGAUAUGUUGUUGCAAAGGUUAUGUUAUGCCUUAUUUUGGAUGGUAUCUUACUAGUUGGAACGUUAUGGUUAAAACAGUGUCAUAUUGGGAACAUAAUGGUUCUUACAUUGUCCUUUUUGGAACGUUUUUAAUACUUUUGGGAUGAAUGUAACCGUUAUAACAGGUUUAUCUAUGUGGAUGUGUCAUGUGGCAAAAAAAUU